AUUGGUUAAUUUCUUACGGCUUAAAGCUUACUACGCCUAUUGUAAAUCGGGACUAAAGCCGGUAUUCAUAGGCCGGUAUUCAUAGUCCGGUCUUAUAUUUAAGAUUAUCUUAAGUACUAUCUUAAGAUAUUAUGAACCAAUUACAGAGCCGUAUUCGCAUCUUAAGGCAUUACUUAAGACGGUCUUGAAAUAAGAUUCGACUAUGAAUAUCGGCCAUAGUCAGAUCUUUUAUUUAAGAUCAUCUUAAGUACUGUUUUAAGAUGUCAUGAACCAAUCACAGAGUCGCAUUCGCAUCUUAAAACAUUACUUAAGACGGCCUUAAAAUAAGAUUCGACUAUGAAUAUCGGCCUAAGAGACGCCGAUUCGACAUAAACCGAGAAUCGAAAUUACUCUCUAAUAACAUACUUAUAUUACAUUCCGAUAAUCAUAUACCGCUAUCUUCGACACUCUCGAUACUUGGUUCCACACGAGACUCACUUUUGACAGAUAAAAAACAACGCGGUAGAUGUACGCUUUGUGCAGAUAGAACGCGAAAAAGUUUAGCACUCGGUAGGAAGUAACGCGUAGCCAAUAAAUGCGUUCGCGUAGGAACUAGAUUAGCCACCACAUGGCGCCAUCUACUCUCCGCCGCGCGGCAAAUGUUUUUGGCAUUUGUAUAUAGACAACACGUCUUCGAUCUAUUUACAUUGUGCAACCGCCAUUAACAUAUCGAUCAAUAUUGCUCCGUAUUUUACGCGCCUUUUACUCGUUGAAAGUAAGUCUCAUGCGAAAUCAAGUAUCGGAAAUGCUGAAAAUAGUGAUGUGCGAUCAUCAGGACAUAUUAAUGUCACGACGGAGCAGCCGGGAGCAACAUGUUGGAAUGAGAAGCCAGGACAGAGAAUACAGUAUGUCGAGACGUAAGAAACGAAACAUCAUAUACUUCCAGGAAACGAAGGGAUACGACGAAGUCGGCGGAGACGUGAAAAUGAAGAGUUGAGUGGAACAAGCAAGAAAGGAUCAAGGACGUAACGAUACGUUGUGGUGUAUUAAGAUAUUUCCGUUUCCUGACAGGGAACUCAUGAAACUCCACGUAGCCCGUAAUAUUUCGGCAAACUGAUUGCGCUUCGGCAUAAAGUACAAACGCUUCCAUCACGAGUCUCGAGGAAAACUCGCUAAUCAAGUGAAAAACUUCAGACUGCCGAACAUGGAAAGCCACAAUGUUGCCGCAGGGAAUAUACCGUGCUGUAGAAGCGUCGAACGGCGGCGCCAAGCCUGUCGAGGGUCCGCGCGACACGGACGCCGUUAGACGCGAGUGACUCGCCGUCAAUCUACCGUGUUCCUGACACGACGUGGCAGCCUGGAAGACUUCGCGUCAUGUCGCCGCGCGGAGGAGGACGCGUCUACGAGCGGAACUUGACCUAAGGAAGGCCGAGGAGACGUUGGCGAGAAAAGUGCGGACCACCCGGCCGUUGCGAGAGCGACAAUGUCAGCGCUCGCUACGGAUACGCUGUCGAGCACCGUUGCCGGGGAACUGACGACCGCAGUUAUACCCACCGUCACCAGGAUCGACAGAUCGCAGCUGGACGUUAGUCCCAUCUCAGUGUUCCUCGCGGUCUCCAUAGUGUGCAUACUGUCGCCCAUCACGGUCACGGGCAACUCCAUCAUCCUGGCCGCCUUUUACAGGUAUAAGAGGCUCAGGACCGCGUCCAAUUGCCUUCUGGUCUCCUUGGCCAUCAGCGACUUUGGGGUUGGCGUGUUUAUGCCCUUCGGGAUGCAGCUGGAGCUUUCUGGCCUGCCGGAGAACGGCGUCACCACGCUCUGCAUCGUGCCGUACUGCAUCGUGAUCGCGCUCUGCAGCGUCAGCGUCCUGGUGACCGUGGCGAUCGCGGUGGACCGCCUGACUUCGUUGGCGCAGCCGUUGCGCUACAAGAACAUCAUCACCCACAGUAGCAUAGAGAAGUACAUCGCGGUCUUCUGGAUAUACGCGAUCGCGGUCGGCCUCUCGCCCCUCAUUUAUGCUCAAAUCAACGGCGGGAUGCAGUCGAACAGCGCGCACUGUAGAUUCGAUGCGGCCGUACUGCCGCCAGUCAGGGUAUUCCUGGUCGUGGCAGUCUGGGCGCCGAGCGCCCUCGUUCUGCUCAGUUGCUACAUGUACGUCUACCUCGUCGCGCGUGCACAUGCACGAGCGAUUUACACGGUGGAGCUGUCGUUCAGACAUCAAACGCAGACCUUGGCGUUGCCUCGUUACGGACAAACGCUGGCAGUCACGGUCGGCGCGUUUCUCAUCUUGUGGCUUCCAUUCCAAACCUGCAUGCUGGUGGAUAUUUUCUGCGGCACCAACAUUCUAUCGGAUUGGUCGGUGGUGUGGCUGGGCCUACCGAUCUUGGCACACAGCGGCGUGAAUCCCUGGAUCUACGCAUUCCAUCACGGCGAGAUGCGCGUGGCCGCGGGUAAGAUCGCGGGCGACCUGAUCGCCUUGGUCUGUCUGAUGCCGAGUCGCUAUGGCUGCUCGCCAGCGAGACGCGGCACUAACACGAACCUGGAACUCGCCGAGAUCAACAAUAGCAACGAGAGCAGGCGGCAUCCGGUGGAAGAUUGCUUCGCCGCCAAGCAUCCCGGCGUGCUCUACGCCAGCAGGAGGUGCUUGGAGAUAUCGGGUAAGCACACCAAUAUCUCUCCCGAAAAGAACGACGCCGACUGCGCCGCCUCGUCCAGCAGCCGGCACGGUGACAUCAUCGAGGAAAACAUCCAUGAUCUCACGAAGAUGCUCGAUCCAAAGUAUAUCAUCGACAGGAGCCAUGUCAUCGAUUCGAAUCACAACAUCGAUAAGAUCAAGAACCUUAAGUAUCUGCUGGAUCCGACCUUCAGCAAGAUACGGCACCUCAGACUGCUAAAUCGCAAGCGAAUAAACAACAAAAACUUCCCACUCAUCAAUGAGCCGAAGUUCAUAUCUUAUCAGAAUUUGAAAAGCACAGACGGAGCGCACAGUAGUCGCAAGUACCUUCAACUGAACGCACUCUCCGACCCGAUGCUGAACGCCGACAGUCCCGUGAUGGAGACCAAGGACUUCAACGAGGUGCUCCGCCACAAUAACGAUGUCUGCAACAAGUGGGACUCCCACUUAUCGUCCAUGUCAGAUUCCAACAUCAAAGAGACUACGGGACGCGCUUCUCAGACGAGCUCGAAGCUCUUUCCGGCGAGUGGCAGCGACGCGGAGAGUCGCGGCUACUCCGUGCAGAAUCUCGACCUCAAUCACAGCAGAUACGAGGACGCGUUAGCCAGGCACACGAUGAUGCUCUGUCAGCAGAUGGAGGAUCAACGCAGAGCCAAAACUUCGCCACACCCGCGACGAAAGUUGCGUCGCUUCGGACGCGCAAGUCCAAACUUGAAUCUCAGACUGCAAAGCGACUUUACACCGUCCUCGUCGGUGUCCAAUAGCGCUAAGCCGAGCUAUGCGAACACUCCAAGGCGAAGUGCAUCGCCCGGACACGUGACGAUCACGCCAAACAAGUUAGCGAAUCUGAUCAACCUAGACCCACCGUCGAGAAGCGCACACACACGAAUAGACCUUACUGCCAGAACUCUGAUGCAAACACGAAGGAAUUUGGAUAUAUUAAAGCACUCCGAGUCGAUCAAUGCAAUCGACCCGACGACGCGUGUAACAUUAUUGGAGCCAUCUAACCUGAUGGACUCUUUGAUCGUGCCGACGAUACAUUCGGAACCGCCGAGUCCUAUAGAUCCAUUGCCUUCGGCAUCUCUGCAGAGUGAAGAGGCGCAAAGCCUUGAGAUCCCGAUACCCGUCGACGUGACGCAACGUACCAAGUCGCCUUUAGGCAAACGAAGCAGUCCAGUAAGAUAUUCGGAUCCGGUGAUACCGACCGUGUUGCUGAACAUCGAGGAUUUCAGCGAACCAUCCGAGAACGAUAAAUGCGCAAUCGGCAAAGACGUGUCGGGGAACGAUCUUUUAUCCGGUAACACACCAACGUUGGAGCCGAUCGAUCUAUUCGAGGCGCUGCUGAGGAACUCGGACAAGUGCAGAGACGCGAGAUUGCCGGAGCCCAUCUUCGCCGAGCACGACUCCACGAGAUUCAGCUCGAGACGGCCUUCGGACUCGAAGUGGUCGGAAUCGUCUAGGAGUCAAGAGGUUCUAUCGAGCGUGACCGAGCAUCAAACGACCUUUCCGUCCUCUUAUUCGGUCAAUAAUUUUCAAACAUGCUGUAACAGCGGCAGCGACCUCAACGACCUCACGUCCUUGGAUCCUUUUAUGUGUCCCGACGCUCUCACGUCGUCCUUGCGCGAGUCCUUUUUCAGCGCACCGUCGGUACCUGAUUCCGACAUCUUCACGUCCUUUGAGGAGAAUGACGAUCCCGGUCUCACGCCCGGAUUCACACCGGACUCCGAGCGAGACGCUCCAUCGUACAACUCUGUGUCGACGAUGAACCUGAAGAGGUGCGUCAUCGAGGCAGCAAUGCAGAGCCGAUCCACGGAGUCAGUGCACCGUGUGAGACAUUCGUCGACGCGAUCCUGUGCAAUUCUCAGGCUGGAACCGUCUGUACAUUCCAGCAGACUGAGAGUCAGGCCCUGCACGAGUUAUAUCCUGAAAGACCCGCCGGUCAAAAGGAACUCGCGACUGGCGCCCCUCGCCAUCCCUACGCCUACCGACAUCUGCACUCCCACGUUCGAUGUCGUGUCAGAAAUCAAGGCCGACAACGGCGUUGGCGUUCGCGUAUGAAUUGUUUGCAUGCUGAAAACAGGGACCCGUGAAUCCCUCGUCCUCUCAUCGUAUAUUGAAUGUGUUCCGAAAACAAAUGUUUGCUAGUCACAAAAUCCUACUUGCGAAGAACUUUAGAUGCGACUUCGUCUUGCGGAUGGAAACUGGAGGCCUCUAUAUCUCGUUCGUCAAUCAGUCAUUUUCAAUAUGAAACGUUUGGAUUAUAUUUUACAUUAACAUUUCCAUUUAGACAACAUUCAUCUUAGAGUUAUCUGGACGCGACAAUGUCUUUUUAUUUACUUCUCUUAUUUUUUCUGUUUAAUUUUUUUGACUUAUUUAACUUUUAUCUCUAACUUCGCUGUUCUUUCUGUUUGUAUCAUCAUUUCUCAUAUUAGAUAAGAGCAAUGAGCAACUUCAUGAGAUAUAUGGUGCUAGAUAUAUAAAAAGAGAUAUGGAUAUUACUUUGUAACAAAUAUGAUAAGAAAUCUUUGGUAGUCGAUGUAUUUAAAUUUGAAUUGUGAUGGUACUGCAUGUUUUCAAAGAAAUCACAGAUCAUUAAAGGCCCUUGCACAAUGCCAAGCUACAGGCAAUAGAAAUGGGCAUUAACUAAUAGGAACAGGGAAUAAAAAUAAUUGACCAAUUUGAAUUCCUAUUCCCUGUUGCUAUUGCCUGUUGCCUGACAUUUUGCAACGGCCUUAAUCGUGUGAGGAAGAGAAAACUCCGUGAGUUCUCUCUAGCAUCGUCAUUUCGAUGGCUAUUCGAGUUAAGCUAAUUUGAUGUGCAGGAGCGACGAUGAAUGCGUGAAUGAAUCACCGUUUUACCUGAAAGAAUCAACUAUAUAUUUCGUAAUAUGUGCGAUUGAGCCGCGUCGACUGACCCAAUCGAUCGACCGGAUCGGCGCUGCGCGCGAAUAAUGUUCCGUCUUAAACGUGAAUUAGUCUAUAUACACGUCGUAUCGAGAUAAAAAGAGAAGUUCUUUCUGUGCGGUCCAAAAUAUUGCCUGUGACGUGCGAUGACGUUUAUAUUCUGCGAAUCGAUCCGCAUAUGAUCGGCUGGUUACUCAGACGUUCUAUGAAUCAGAACCGUGCCAAGCGAAUUAUAUCGAAUCCCGAAUUUCGCAGCAGCCGUUCGACUCAAGCUUGUAACCCGUUAUCGCUUGUGUACCUGAUGAAAGAUGAUAUAUUUGUUGACUACGAGAGAUCAUGUGGAUAUAUAUUAUAUCACGGAGUAUUUAUUACCAAGGAUUAUUCUUCAGCGAAACAUAGGUGGCUAAAACUUCUCAAUCGCGUACGAAGCGAUAUCCUGCGCAGCCAACGAAUGCAGUCUGAUCGCAUCGACUGCACUUUCUCGUUUUUAACGCCCUCGCUCCGUCUCAUUUCGCGCGGGUUUCCUCUAAUCUAAAUACCUUAGCGAUAAACGAACGUGUCGAUCACACAAACGCGUACUUAGAGUUAAAUUAUAUCCUAAGCUCCUAAGAAAUCGUCGCGAUUGUCAAACGGAAUAAUAAUACGGAAUAAUAAUACGGAGAAUAAUUUGUGUAUGUAUUAGGAACAUUUCUCUUUUUUAACUACAAAAUUACUUUUGGAGCUAUUCAUUAACAGUAUCGUAAAUUAAAAUUCGCGGAAUAAUACUUCGUUACAUGAACAUACAAAGCGAAAUUGCGUGCGAGACAAAAUUGAAAGUCUCAAGGACGGAGAAACAAAUAGCUGACGAAUAUAUGCUCAGUUAUCGCGAAUAGUAGAAAGACUAAAAAAAGAGCAAAGCAAAUAUAAAUUUCAGAGAAUAAAAUAAUGAAAAACAUAUUUGUUUGACGGAAUAUAGCGAUUAUUUUCCUCGUGACGUGUUUCAUACAACACCGUGCACAACUAUAAAUAUAUAUUAACAUGUCGAUUUUGUCGCGAGCAUCUUCGUGAAGAUCUCUAACUUUUGUAUUACAACGCUGUACAAAUCGCUUUGCUAGCUCGAACGAAAUUCGAGAAUAUAUACAUAUAAAAUCUCUAUGAGACGCGCGAGAUAGAAAUCGCGUCCAAUCCUCACAAAUAAAUGCCAAUUAUGUACCGAAGUAAUUUUAUACGUAAGAUAAUCGAGAGAAAGAAAGAGAGAGAGAGAAAGAAAGGAAAAGAGAGAAAUAGAAAUCACGUGUAAAUGUAAAUUAUUUUUAUCGUGUACUUACAUACAUUUUUCAAAACAAAGUUUCCUACAUACUCCAUGUACCUAAACUACGGUGUCUCCGUACGCGAAGAUUAAUAGCAACUUAACAGCGCUUCGAAACGUGCGUCGGAGAAUUUUACGACACGCAUCAACAAACUUCUGGGCAAGUGCAGGCAGCUGAAAAAGAAGACCUUUAUUUUUUCCUCGCGUUCAAUGUCGACUGAUCUUGUGAUUUGUCUUCCAUGCGGCGCGAACGACGUGCAAGUUUUAAAUAGACGCAGAAUCUCCGGUACCUACCAGCCGCGAUAUUUCUUUCUGAUUCUCCUGUAUCUUGCGAUAACAUAGCGAUAAGCGCUACUGAUGAAUAUUUUCUUUUUUUUUUGUGAAAGCGUAAUUGUCAGAUAUGUAAAAUGUAUUUCAAAUUUAAUCUUCCGAAAGAUCCUCUGUCGAAUUCGAGAAAAUGUCGGAGAUGUGAAUUUUUAACGACUUUUCGAGAUAUCUUCAAAUAUACCUUAGCGCUUGAUCGCUAUUUUAUAACAAGAGAGAAAGAGAGAGAUUUAUUGCAGCAUUAUAAUUUUAUUUAUCUCUUUACGGGACACCGUUACAAUACAAGCUCUGUAAGGAUAAAGCUCCAGUAUUCAUGGAAGUGAGACAGGCACUGAUAUAUUUUUAUGAAAUACCUUUACUGUUGUUUAUAGAUGUUAAGCGUGAGAGCGAAAUCUCGAUUCACGUCCGAUAACUGAUCGAACUAGGAUCGAAACGCCUUUCCUUCUACAUUACGUGAAUAUGAUUUUAAAGUUAUCGUUUCCCAUCGUAUCGUAACAAACAUUACGAAGCGAACGCGAAACACCAAGGAGAUAUUGAUUGAGGAAAAACGAAUAUCAAAAACUUUAUCAGUUAAAACCAAAAUUUUAAUCUACUUUAGAAAGUCUUCUGUUCGCUCAAGAAAAUCAAAGAAGUUUGAACGAAAUGGAAAAUAUGUGUCAAUCCAAUUGCAUAGAAAACUUAGAAAAUUUAAGGCGAAAAUAGAUGUAACGUUGACAUGAAAUUCCCUUGAUAUAUCGUGAAUCAUAUUGAUUUUGAUUUGAUACAAAUUGUUCGGAGAACUCGACCCAUGUUGUAAAGAUUCAUAACGAGAAGUUGAAAAAUGACGAUCAAUAUUGCCUCAUUUUUCAGUGUCGAUUGCGUAUAAAUCAUUUUUCGAUAUUCUUACACAUGAAUCGCGUUGGAGAAUGCAACGUUGGAUUGAAGGUGUGACGAAAGAGAUUACAUUUGAGCACUGUAAUUAUACAAUCACGUAUAUGUUUUUGUAUAUAUAAAAAAAUACAAUACAUUAAUUAGAA